GGAUCGUAUUUUUGUUCCUGUGUCAACGAAAAGAAGAAAAGAAGAGUAGACACUGAGACCAGACUGAGUUCUCAUCAAAAAUAGUUGUUUUUCGUACAUUACGGAAAGUCUUCAUCAUAUCCGACAUCAGAAAGACCUCCGCAGCCUCAGAAGAACUCCUCUUGAAGAUGAACUCCAAUGUGGAGAAUUUGCCUCCUCAUGUUCUUCGCUUGGUCUACAAAGAGGUUUCAGCGUUAGCAGCAGACCCGCCUGAGGGCAUCAAGAUUUAUCCCAGUGAGGAAGACAUAACUGAGCUACAUACAGCCAUCGAAGGACCCGAGGGAACUCCGUUUGCUGGCGGCGUUUUCCGAAUGCGUCUGGUCCUCGGGAAGGACUUCCCUGCGGUUCCACCCAAGGGGUAUUUCCUGACCAAGAUUUUUCACCCCAAUGUGGGUCACAAGGGAGAGAUCUGUGUCAACGUGUUGAAGAGGGACUGGAAGGCAGAACUUGGACUCAGACACGUUUUACUUACAAUCAAGUGUCUCCUCAUCCAUCCGAAUCCAGAGUCGGCUCUGAACGAAGAGGCUGGACGUUUGCUCUUAGAGGACUAUGCAGAAUAUGAGUCCCGAGCUCGUCUGCUCACAGAGAUCCACGCCAUGGGCGGGACCUCCGGGGCACCUCAGGACCCUAAUGACGGCCCACAGCCGAAGAAGCACGCAGGUGACCCCAUGAAGAGAGCGGGGCCCAGCGCGGCAGCUGUGCCAGCAGCUCUGGGUAACGGAGCGAACGGAGCCAGUACCACCAGCAGCAAUAGCAUUAAUAGUAGUAGCACUAACAAUGUAGCAGGGAAGAAGAAAGCAGAUAAAAAGCGUGCAUUGAGGCGACUUUAAUACCUCCACAAAGUUCUCAGUGUGUGUGUGUGUGUACGUGUGUGGGCGCGAGAGUGUGUAAAUAUAAAUAUUGAAGUGUGCUGAUGAUGUUUUUGUUCCCUAUUUUUUGAGUCUUUCUACCACCUGUCCAGACUGUCCACUUUGUACUCAUACCAUAACCUCCUUUUUGUCACCAGUUUGUCCUGUUGGUAUUACGGGUGUGUUAAUUAUGUUCAUACCUGAAGACAUGACGAUAAAGACAACACCUUCACUACAGGAAUCAUGUCAUCCGUUAUAUUUUGCCCUCGGGCUAGUGUGAAUGAAUGACGGGAAAACACAGCCUCCAAUUUCUGUCCAUUAAUGAGACGAAACUACUAUUGUCUCAGACUUUAUCAGCUCUUUUUAAAGUGUUUCUUGGUAAAUGCUGCUGUUAUGGUACCGUGUACUGCUCAGCCUGGCUCACCCGUGAGUCCGAACCAAGGAAAAUAUAACUGUACUUUAUAGCUUCCUUGGUCCAAACCAGGAUAAUACUUUAACUAAAUGCAGGUUUUCAAAUGGAACUCAAAGAAAACAAUGGUAGAAAAUGCAAAAUAAUUGUGUAAGAAGUCAGUGGGUUCACUAUUGGGAGAGAAAUAUUGUUAAUGUCACCCAAAAUUGUAUCAUCUUUUUAAAUAUUUUUCACAUUGUGACCUGAGUGAAGGUAUGGAAAGAGUCGGCAGUGGAGUAUAAAAAAAUAAGUCAACAUUGAAUCUCAGCCCCUUUUUCAUUUUUUUUCUAAAAUUGUUUCACUGUCCAGUAUUUUCAGAAAAGUUGUUUAUAAUUGACAUGUUCAUAUUCAGCUGUCUUGUGGUUGUGUGUGAAGACCUAGGUCAGUGGCUGUUAGGGAACGGGGUAGGUUGCCAGAAUACUUUUAUUUUAAAAAAAGAAGAAUCAUUUAUUCUCUGUAUUAAGCAUACAGUGGUGUGACUCGCUUAACCCUCCCCCACCCCCCCGCUUCCCUACAAAGCAGCGUGUGCUCUCAGUUACCCAGCUCUCCAACCAGCCUUGUGGGUACCCGAGACAACAUCUGCAGGAAAAACUUCCACGUUUGAUAGAAUUUGUCUCCCCCACCCGUUGCACCGGCAGGUUUUCUCGGGCAGGUUUUCUCUCUGUGCUAAAUGCAUGCGGGGCCUACAUUUCCCAAGGAAACACUCUGAAGCGCUGUCUUAAUUUAGAUGGAAAAUGUGCCUCUGAAUCUGCUGUCAUCGUGCAGACUGUCGGCUGGAUAUUUUGUGUCCAUUUUAAAUUAUUUAAAUU